UGUCAGUCUUUGGCGUCUCUCUGUUUUUCUCAGACGAAGCAGCACAUUUUCUCCGCAUUUUACCACAAAUUCACUGAUUUUGCGUGCGUGAAAAGUAGUGAGUGUGAGAAUGGAUCUGUCAAAGUUGCGCGUGGUGGAUCUGAAGCAGGAGUUGCAGAACCGUGGACUGGAUACGAAGGGAGUCAAAGCUAUUCUCAUAUCGCGGCUGCAGGCCGCCAUAGAGGCCGAAGGGGAUGUUGCAGAGGAGAGUGAGUCAAAUGAUGCCGAGGAGGUGUCGGAUGAGGGGCCAGAACAGGACUCUGUUUUGCCGGAUGACGACUUGUCAGGGGCACAGGGCGUUACCACGCAUUCGCCGUCUCCGGAACCAUCAGCGCCUCCCGUGGUAGUGGCGGAAGAGGCAAUAGCUGUUGACAGCGAAUCGGAGAGUGAACCAGAAGUGAUUACACAGGUGGAUGCUCCCAUGGAAGAGGCUCCACCGGCUAUACAGGUUGCACCAGUCGCUCCAGAAGCCUCUCCGGAACCAGAAACGAUGUCUCAAGAGGCGCCAGAAGAGGCAGAAAGGGCAGAACCUAUGCCUCAAGAGGAGCCACAAGAGCCAGAGGAGCCAAUUGCGCCCAUGGAGGUAUCUCAGGAGGCACAGGAGGAGCAAGCAGCAGAGGAAACCACCGAAACUCCCCCAGAAGAGGAUGAGGAGGAGGAGAAGGAGAAGAAAGAGGACGACUCCGUGGAUGCUUACACAGAGAACGAGACGAUGCCUAUGGAUGCAGUGGAGCAACUCGCAGCCGAGGAGGCUAAGAAAGAGGAGCCUGAAGCUGAGAAGGAGGACAAGAAGCGCCGUCGAAGCCGCUCUCCGUCGGAAAGUGAGAGUUCCCGACGAAGGCCUCGUCGGGACUCUCAAAGCGCUAAUGCCGAUGACUUCAUGAACAUCGAGGAUGAGCCGGCACUACCGGAGAAUCCCGCCCUGUCGUGGGUGGACUCUGAUCUCCACCUCAAGAUCAGCAGUGCAGACUUUUGCGAGGGCAGAACGAUGAGCGACGGUGUGCUGGGACUGAUGUGGGCGGGCGCCAGAGCCACUCAUGGUGUCAAGAGUGGGAAAGUAUUCUACGAAGUGCAACUGUUGCAGCGCAACAGCCGCGUGAGCUUCCCUGAGGAGAAGAAUCUGUUCGAUUUGCGCUGCGGCUGGUCAACACUGGCCACAGAUCUGCAGCUGGGCGAGGCUGAGAACAGCUUCGCAUAUGGCGGAGAGGGGAAGAAGUAUCACAGAGACAAUGAGGAGGACUUUGGCGUGAAGUUCACCGUGGGAGACGUGGUUGGAGUGUACCUGGACUUGGAGUCGACGCCCUGCAAGGUGCAAUACACGGUUAAUGGCGAGGAUCAGGGAGUGGCGUUUGAGUUUGAGAAGGAGACACUCAAUGACCAGGCGCUCUUCCCGCAUGUGCUCACGAAGAAUAUCAACUUCAAGGUGAACUUUGGUCAGUUGGAGAACACUCUUUUGUCGGAAUUCAAGCCAAGGAAGCCACAGCAGGCUCAAGAGGGUGAGAAGAAGGCCAAAGAAGAGGAAAAGCCGAGGACUUCUUCUCAGUCUGAGAGCAAUGAUCCUAAAGAUGAAGAUUGGGAGGAACCGAAGCCUGAAAAUGUGGAAACUCCGGCAGAGGAGAAGAAAGAAGAGGAAUCAACAGAGGAGGUUGCGGAAGAGAAACCUGAGCAGGAGGCUCAAGAGAAGGUCGAGGAGAAGCCUGAGGAGGAGGCGCAGGAGAAGAUGGAGGUGGAAGAGAAGGAGGAGGAACCCGAGCAGCCCAUCAAUCGUGAAAGUCUGCCGGAUUUCGUGCUGAUUGCUCACUUGCCGCGCGAGGAACUUGUGGAGGGUCACAAGCGCCCGGAGACCAGGAAGGAGUGUGAGGUGAUCAUGAUGAUUGGCUUGCCGGGAGCCGGAAAGACUCACUGGGUAAGCAAGUGGAAUGAGGAGAAUCCGGAGAAGCGCUACAACAUCAUUGGGGACAAUUACCUGUACAGCCGAAUGACGAAUCGCACGAAGCCGUCAAAGGCGGAGAAAUUCAAUGACAUGUGCAACAGGAGCUUCACAGUGCUGCAGGAGUUGGCACAGAAGAGGCGCAGGAACUACAUUCUGGAUCAGACGAACGUUUUUGCGUCGGCCCAGAGGCGCAAAAUGAAGGGAUUUGGUGACUUCAAACGUAUUGCGGUGAUUGUUAUACCGGACGACGAGGAAUAUAAAAGGCGUGUGGCUUGUAAAAAUGAGGGCGGUAGCAAAGAAAUAGCAGAUUUCGCCGUGAAUGAGAUGAAAGCCAACUACUCGCUGCCGACCACAGAUCUUGGGUGGUUCGAUGAGAUCAAGUACGUCGAUCUGCAAGACGAAGCGGCUACGAAGCUCGUUGAGGAUUACAAUGAGAAGGGACGCAGGGCUCUGCCGCAGUCGAUCAAGCGUCGUCCCUACGAUGACUACAGGGAUCGCCGUCGAAGAGACUACAACUACGAUCGCCGCUGGGAUCGUGGAGGUGAUCGUCGCGAUCGUUGGCAGCCGUACGGGAACCCUCGUGGGUCGUCUGGAUGGCGCCCGCAGCCGCCACGCGACUAUUACGGAGGCGGAUACGAUCGGCGUGCGGGCCACGAUCGCUGGAAUAAUCCGCAAUGGGUGAGUGGCGGCGGCGGUGGCGGUGGCGGCGGACGUCGCUCGAACGAGCGUGACUACCGACGUGACUACGGACACCGGGACUACAGCAGAAAUCGUGACAGGGACAGUCGCAGCGGGCGCUCUGGACGCGAUCAGGAUUUUCGCGAGCGUCGGAGCGACAACCGUGGCGGUGGAGGAGAUAAUUACGGCAGUCGCUCCUCGCACAGCAGCUCUCGCAGCAACCGCCGUGACUACUCCUCGUCCAAGAGGGACUCCGGGAGCUCGUCGGCCAUGAAGAACUACAGCGGCGCUUCGCAUGCCGGAAUGGACGCCGGAGCGGCAAUGGCAGCACAGGGCGGGGCGUCGUGGGGCGCCGGCUGGGCAGGCCAGCAGCAGUGGCCGGUGGCCGGCCAAUGGGGCGCUCAAGGAUGGCAGCAGAGCGGCUGGAAUGCAGGAGCGCAGAACUGGGCCGGCUGGAAUUACGGAGCGGCGCAGGGCGUGAACGGAGCCGAGUGGGGCGCCAAUUCCUGGGACGUCAAUCAGGCCGUUUACACAACAAACAGCUGCCCAAAUGUCGACACGACGUCCGACCAGACAAAUUAGAACAGAGUUUGUGUGUUUUUCCCUGGGGAAAUUAGUUUUAUAGUGCGAGAAAAGGUCCUUUAUAGCCUGUUUUAGUCGCGAUGUCUCAAGUGUUUUUUCUCUAUCUCUUUUGGAAAAGUAAUUGUGCUUCUGAGCAUCUAAUUUUUUUUUAUCAUUAAAACUAUCUUGGAAUGAAAAAAAGAAGAAAUAGAGUGUAGAGUAAAUUAUUUGAACAUCCUAUAUAUUGACUGUAUAUAAAUAAUCCUUCUUUUGACAUAGAGAAUAAAUGCUAAGUACAAAAGGGAGAUUUUGCAACGAAAUCCUUUGUCGGUGUGGGUAGAAAAUGGGUGAGAUUGUGCGCGUUGGUCCUUGAGAC